AUGGAACCCAACAACCAGACAUGGGUGCAUGAAUUCAUCCUCCUUGGCCUGUCCAGAGACUGGGACACUCAAGUCUCCCUCUUCGUCUUGUUCUUGCUCAUGUACCUAGUGACAGUGCUUGGGAACGUCCUCAUCAUUCUUCUGAUCAGACUCGACAGCCGACUUCACACUCCCAUGUAUUUCUUUCUCACCAAUCUGUCGCUGGUGGAUGUGUCUUACGCCACAAGCAUAGUCCCCCAGCUGCUGGCUCAUUUUCUUGCAGCACACAAAGCAAUUCCAUUUCUGAGCUGUGCAGCACAGUUAUUUUUCUCUCUGGGCUUGGGUGGGAUUGAGUUCCUUCUUCUGGCAGUGAUGGCCUAUGACCGCUAUGUGGCAGUGUGUGACCCUCUGAGGUACUCAGUCAUUAUGCAUGCAGGGCUCUGCCUGAGGCUGAUCAUCACGUCCUGGGUCAGUGGUUCUAUCAAUUCUCUUGUGCAUACUGCCAUCACCUUUCAGCUGCCUAUGUGCACAAAUAAGUAUAUUGAUCACAUAGCCUGUGAAACUCUUGCUGUGGUCAGAUUGGCAUGUGUGGAUACCUCAUCCAAUAAGGUUGCAAUCAUGGUUUCUAGCAUUGUCUUGCUUAUGACACCUUUCUUCCUGGUUCUCUUGUCCUACAUCCAGAUCAUCUCCACCAUCCUAAAGAUACAGUCCACAGAAGGAAGGUGGAAAGCCUUUCAGACCUGUGCCUCCCACCUUACUAUGGUUAUCCUAUGCUAUGGAAUGGCGAUUUUCACCUACAUCCAGCCCCACUCCAAUCCGUCUGUCCUUCAGGAGAAGUUGAUGUCUCUGUUCUAUGCUAUUUUGACACCCAUGCUGAACCCCAUGAUUUACAGUCUAAGGAAUAAAGAGGUUAAAGGGGCAUGGCAGAAACUUUUAGGGAAAAUCUCUGGGUUCACAUCAAAACUGGCAGCUUGA